CUCCAAGUCACCAUGUACAUACAGUCCCAUCAGCGAUGCGCUCAUCUUACACUGUGAAACCUGGCGUCAUAGCGGGGUCCAAAUCUUAAGCUUGCCGCCCGCUCUUUCCACGAACGUUCCUUCGACAGCCUCUUGCAGUACCCCAGGUCCAAGGUUGGACGCCACACUGUCGGGAACCAUGCUCACCGCUGUAUGCACCAGCUUCUUCACCCGCCCCAAACAUCCCUCCGCCCUUCUCCUCGUCAGCGAUGGCAGCAUGACGCACAUCCUACACCCCGUACCCGAAGUACCAGAUCUCAUAGAACAAUGGGGCUUCUCGUGUUCCAACCGUCCGCCCGACGCGCCGUUCCGUCGCAACGGUGCACGCGAGCAACGGCGGGAGCAGAUCGGGACCGUGACGCUCCCCGUACAUACCAACGAGACAACGGACUUCGUGGCGGACGUGUACGACAGGAUGCGCAAGCUCAGGGCUGACAUGGACAUGUCGGGCAACGAACAGGCGCAGUCGACGGACAUGCGCGGUGCCGACUUGGAUUUGGAUGUGGCGCGCCUCGUCGACGAGGUGCUGCGGCCGGCAGCGCUUGGAGCCAUACGAGAUAGGGAGGGACACGCGGGCUCGAAGGAAGCGACCGAGACGUAUCCCGUCUAUGUCGUGUAUGUCAAAAGACGGAAGCCUGAGCCGAUAUCCGCCUGGGGACCGCUCUUCAGUGUCGAUUUCUGAAGGAAUUCACCCCUUGGUCGGCACACCAUCCCAGUCACUGCGUGGGUCGUCGGGGCCGGAGCGCGCCCUCCUUUCGCUUACUCAGAUAGUAGACUAGCUGAAUAACGGUACCGCAGUCGGAUUGGUA